AUGUCUGCAAUGCUCCGCUCAACAUCUCAUGGAUGGGCACUAGUCACCGAAUACAUCGAUAUGGGUGGUGGAAAUCGUCACGACCUCGUGCAGCUCGGCUCGCAACUGGCAAGAAUGCACAAGUACAAUGAAGACUGCCUCAAUGCUUCAGAGCAUUCUGAAGGCUUUGUUGGUGGAGACUAUAAGACAGGAAAUUACAAAAAAGGCGUAAAGCAGUUUGGAUUCCACACGACUACUUGCUGUGGGUUCAUACCUCAAAACAACGAAUGGUGCGAUGACUGGGCGACAUUCUUCGUUAGAAAUCGUCUGAAGAUCCAAGCCGAUUUGUUAAUCGAGAAAGGAGAUAGAGAUAUGAAGGAAGCUUGGCCGGAACUUGAAAGAAAGGCAACAGAUGUUCUUGCUUCCUGUAAAGGUGUAAUACCAGCGCUGGUACAUGGUGACUUGUGGGGUGGAAAUUGGGCGAGCUGUGAUACCGGUCCUGUCAUAUUUGAUCCCGCGAGUGCAUUCUGCGAUCCAGAAUUUGAAGCAGGGAUUAUGAACAUGUUUGGAGGAUAUGGGCCUGAUUUUUGGAGGGAAUACCAUAAAAUUCUGCCAGCAAGACCUGGGAGAAAUGAGAGAAUGUUGCUGUAUGAGCUUUUCAACCACUUGAAUCAUUGGAAUCACUUUGGAACGUCCUAUAAAGGCUCCUCAUUGUCACUGAUUCGUCGAAUUUGUUGUCUGUGA